CAUUGUCAAUUGUCAAAAUAUUCACAGUGAAAAUAGGUACUUACAUCGAGAUCAAAAAUUCGUCAAUUGUUAUUAAUUUACACCGAAAAUCAACUUCAGUUAUUUUCGUUUAUUAUUAUAUUGUUCUAAAACCAUAAACAGCCAUAAUGUCAAGCUCUGGUAAAGGGACUUUUCAACCGGAUUCUGAUGUUCACAUAUCAUACGAAGAUCAGCAGAAAAUAAAUAAAUUCGCUCGUCUUAACGCUAAAUUAGAUGAUUAUAAAGAUGAACUUAAAGUUAAACAAAAUGAUAUGAAGAAUUUGGAAGAAGCUGUAGAAGAGCUAAGUCUUGCUGAUGACUCAGAGAAAAUUCCGUAUUUAAUUGGAGAAGUAUUUGUUUGUCAGAGUCUCGAAGACACUUUGAUAUCCUUAGAAACUGCAAAAAGUAAAAAGGAAAAUGAAAUAAGUGAAUUAGAAACUAAAUGUGAAGAACUUAAAUCACAGAUGAGUGAAUUAAAAGCACAUUUGUAUGGCAAAUUUGGUAGUCAUAUAAAUUUGGAAAAUGAAGAAGAUUGAAAUAAAAAUACUGUUUGCCUAUUAGACACAUAUAUUUUGCUGAUAACACAGAUUUUUGUAUUAAUUACUUGGAGUACACAAUUAACUUCCCUAUGCUUUUAAGAAUAUUUAUUUGUUCAGUGUCAUGUAUUAACAUAAAAUAUCAAUAUAGGACACUAAAUUACUCUA